GGGAAAUCAGGCCUAGGGCCUACUAAUUGACUCCUUGGUGACUGAGUGCUUGCUGAGCCAUCUUUGUGUAAACAAAAUUCACAAAGCAAAUCUACAGUGGACAGUUCAUGUACAUGGUGACAAUGGGUUAACAAAUGCCAUGUGUUUUCCAGCUCAAGCAAGAAGGAGAAAGAAUUGUGGCAGAUGUUGGACUUUGUGACGAUCCCCAGAAGUCAUUGCGUGGCUCAGGUCAGCGAAAACAAAUCUUCAAAGUGCAGAAGUCUGAUCAGCCCCUUGUGGGAACCAAGAGAAAGAUCCUACCAAGGCCACAAAUACAGAUUCAGAAUUUGAAUUUUAGUGCAAAUUCUCUCCCUGUCACACAAGUACAGGUUGUUGCUCAGCAUCAAGCACAAAAAGCAGAACCAAAGAAGCAACACAGUUUGACUGUCAAAAAUAUGUCGCCAUUGAAAUCGCAGUCAAGCAAUUCCAGGGGGCGUAAAAUAUUACCACGACCUCUUUUCCCCAAAAAUAUAGGACAGUUGCAGCCUAACAAGACAAAUAUUCAACAUUCAAUUUCACUGAAUAAGCCACAGCCCAUUGCUUCAGGUAACACUUGCAAUGUAUUAGCUGUGAAUCCCACUACUGUAAAUGUUUCUCGAACAUUACCCAUACAGAGUGCUGCCCAUGUGCCUACUCAAGUAAAGAGUCAAGCACCAGUACCAGAAUUCACUUCCACUUGUACUUCAAAUAUGCAGACAGUACUUCCUGUGAAGCCAACCAAAAAUGGAUGCAUGCAUCUAAAGAAGGCUCUUGCACCUGGAAGAAAACUUUUGCCACGACCUCAGCAGACCACCUGUAAUCAAGGGGCAUAUAUCCCUUCACAGCAGAUACAGUCAGUGGCUGCUCUUCAGCAAGUACAGUCUAUUAAUCCUGUUUCAACAUCACAGAAUGUUCCAAAUCAGCAGUUUCAGAACAUAAAUUCAGCCAACAUUCACCAAAGUCCAACAUCACUUCAGUCUCUUCAGGGCAUUCCACCUGUCAGUGUUCAGCAGGCUCUUCCAGUUCAGCAGUUACAAAACAUUCCAACUGUAAGUUCACAGCAGGCUUUGCCUUUGCAGCAGCUACCAAAUGUAACAUUUGAAAAUUCAACCCAGUCUGUACCAAUACAACAGUUACAGAGCAUUCCAGCUGUAAGUAUGCAUCAGUCUUUGCCCUUGCAGUCUCUCCAGGAAGUUGUGACAACUAAUUCACUUCAACCAUUACAAGCCUUGCCUUCAGCAAGUGCUCAUCAUGCUGUGCCAUUUCAGCAUCUACCAAACAUUUCCUCAAAUUUAAUGCCAUCACUUCCAAAACUUGCACCUGCAAACAUGCAAACAUCUAUAUCAGUUAAUCCUGUCCCCACUGCAGCUGUACAGCAACAACUAUCUGUACAGUCUCUUCAAGCCAUUAGUCCUGGAAGUGUAGGACAAGAUAUGCCAGUACAGCAGGUGCAUAGCGUACAUCCUUCUACACGAUCGGCUGUGCCUCAUCAGGAGUUGAGGAAUAUCACAACAAUCACUACACAAGCAGUGCCUGUUCAGGGGCAGUGUAUUCUUUCUGCUUCAAAGCAGCACAAAAUUCCAAUACAAACAGUACAUCCUGUCAGUACAAUUAACACAUGUUCUUCACUUCCCGUACAACUCCAAUCUAGUCAGCAGCAGCUGCCCCUUCAACAAAUUCAGCUGAAUCCAAAUGCAGUUCCCCAACAAUCAGUACCUAUCCAACAGCUUUCUUCAAAUGUCCACAACAGUGGGAAGAGGAAUUUGAACUUCCAGCAGAUUCAGUCAGUGACACAGUCGAAACAAACCAAACUUUCACUACAGCCAGUUUGUCCUGUGACAUCAUCAGGAACUCAUCAUCUUCUUCAGUUGCAUCAUGUUCAGAGUGUUACCCCAGAUGCCAGUCAUCAAGGCAUUCCCAUUCAGCAAAUUAAGACUGUCAGUACCUCUGUGUCAAACAAGUUGAUGUCUGCUCAGAAGUUUCAGCCUGUUGCCCCCAAACUCAGGCCUGAAGAAACUGCAACAAAUAUAUCAUCUACUCAGGGUCUCUCACUUCAAAUGAAAUCAGUGGCUCAGGUUGGUUCAAAUUUGAAGUUACCAUUACCAGUAAUCAACAAAAGAAUACCAAAUCCAACAUCUCAUCAGGUGGUUCAUAAAAAAAAAUGUCUCACUAGAAGCAAAGCUGUCUGCUGUACAAAGCCAAAACGAAAAAUUCUACCUCGUCCUAUUUUGCCAACAGCAAAUGAUAGUACACCAUUACAUCAAGCAUCAACACUGGUCCCUACUAAGAUAAUGACUCAGGAAAUUAUGAAAUCUGCUGCUAUUGAAAAAAGCGUAACUGUUUUUGUGCCUCAUGUAGGCUCAGCCACUUCUAAUAUGAUACAGGAGUGUAUUCCAGUACCUCAAGCUACCACAAUUGAUUCACCAAAGAAACUUUCUCCCUCUCAGCAGGAACAUGCUGCCUUCAGUUAUGACAACUGUUUAUCAUUACCUGAACAGCAGAAACUUCUUGUAAAAAGCAGUGUUGAGAAUGCGGCUCCAUGUCACUUAUUAAAGUCAGAUGGUUCAUCAGAUAAACUUUUAACUUCAUGUGAUGUUAAAGGAGAAAUUAUAGGGGAUUCACAUAUUGCUCUCUCUUUUGAAACAAAUGGAAAAGCUAACUUUGACUUUUUAGAAUCGUUGGAGCAAAAUCAAGAAGUUUACAGAAAGAUUAAUAGCAAUGCCUUGCCUACAAAAGUAAGUUCUGAUUUAGUAAAUACUUGUCCAAACCUGGUUGGAAGUGCUAGGUCUCAGACUACUCAUGUGUAUGGUCUGACUUUUAAAGACUUGUGUGAUGAUUCAAGUAUGGGCACUGAAGAAAUAACAGGCCUUCAAGAAAGUAGCUAUUCAUCAUUAGAGUCAGUAGAUACAUCUGCACAUGAGCAAGAAAAAGUAGCUGCUUCAACAAAAACUCUAGAUAUGAUACAAGAGGGCUGGAAAGAUCCUAAUCUGGAAGAUAAUUCCAUAAGACUGUAUGAGUUACAAUAUUCCAAUAAUGAAAGCAUAAAAGAGGCUAUUAUCACUUCCCAUGACAGUGAUCCUGUUGCUGAAAGUAAUUUCUUACCAGAAAAGGCUAGUGAUCUGUCCCAGCAGAGCGACAUUAUUUACCAUCAAGAAGAUUCUUUAAGAAUAUCUAAGAAUGAGGAAAUUGCUAAAGAAACACAGCUACCCAAUGUAUCAGAUAUUGCAGGUGUUAGUGCUGUUAAUGACUCAUUGAAACAAGUAAGUUAUAUGAUGGUGAAUGAUAGUGUUCCAGGUACUCAGUUGUUACAGUAUUCAGAAGAUUCCUCUACCAAGGAUGCUAAGAUAAUGGAUGAACCCCAAGGCAACAUUAAUGAUUCUUCUGCUAAUGAAUUCCUUAUUCAGUACCAGCCAGUGGCCACUUCAUGCAUAAGUAGUGAACAGUCACAUAUAAAUGAAGUACAUGAUAACAGUAUUAUUGACCAAAAGCCCCAAGUGCAAGAUGCUGCUAGUAACUCACUUUUCCAAGAACCAUCUUCCAAUACUAUCUCGGAGGGUAAACAAAGUGCAGUAUUAGUUGCUGAACUCUCCCAAAGAAGCGAUGGUGUAUGCCAGAGGAACGUUUCGGCAGGUGAAGACCAGACAGGCAGCCAGCAGCUCAACAAGGAACAAGUGGAGCCAUUGGAAAAACACCACCAAACAGAACAGGAGGGAAGGACACAGGCGUGGGCAGCAAAAGGCCAAAGAGGGUUGAAAAGGAAAUGGAACAAAUUAUCCAACGGCCAUUUUUCUCAGGGAUUAGUUCCUGACUAUUAUAAGAAGAACUUCAGGUCCUUCCACACAUUUCAGCUGCAGAAGCGAAGAGUGCUAGAAAUGAGCUGUUUGAAGCAAAAGAUAGUGAGUCAGGGAAUCAGAAUCAAAUGCCUAGAGCAGGAACUUCAAGAAGAAAGGAAGAAGAAUGAGUUAUUAAGAAAAAAGUUACGUAAGACGGUCAGCAGCAGAAAGACAGAAGUGAAAAGGGCAGAUCACUCUCUUGCUGGAGCGAAAUGCCAGCCUCAGGUGCAGGAAUCUGGAAAAGGAGGAACACUAAAAAAAGCUGAAGAAAGUAAGACAGCUUUAGAAGAGGAGAGAGAUUCAGGCCAGAAAGGCGAGGGGUCGUUAAGCUCGGCCAGUCAAGAAGGUCUGGCAAAGAUGAUUCACGACUUCAUGGUGCAGGAGGACGUGUCGCAGCCGUGCCGCGAAGGGGCGGGGACAAGCGAGAAGGGCUUCCUGCGGGCCCGCCUCCACUUCCUCCAGGUACUCCACAAACGUUUCCUUGCCGACUGCUGCAGGGCGUGCUCUUUUGAAACGUUCGCAAAAAACAUUCCUGAAAAUGUUGUAAAGUUGAAACCGGACGAAAUUAGUGUAUGUGUGUGCAUGACUUGCCAAAAUCCAGAAUUGAAGAUUGAAAGCUUGAUCAAAAGACGGCUUCUUACUAUCGAUACAGACGUCGAGGAAAUAAUUUCUAACGAUGAGGCCUGGGACACUUUCAUGGCAACAGUGGGGGUGCUUAGGGCCCGCCAGGCACAGCUGACCUACAAUUCUUGGUUCGUGAAUGCCUGUGACAGUGUGCACAAAGAGAAAAGAGCUGUCACGAGUUCCCUGGCGGAAAUGAUUGACCUGCUAGAGAGCGAGUUGCACGCCCUGAAGGUUCACCUUAACCGCACCUGCCAGACGUAUGAAGAAGUGUUCAAGGCAAAGUGUGAAGCGAAUGCCUCGCCGCAUCAUGCAGUUCUUCAAUGCGGCUGGGCACCUAUGAUUCUGUUCCACCCCGUCGGCACGGGCGGGCCGGCGGAGCCCCAAGGGGUGGUGAACAUGCAGUGCGGGUAUUUGUGGUCCAAGGAGGAAACCACAGGAUUUGCCGCCAUGUCCGACGCCAGAGAUCGAACAGCGGCCGCCGUGUGCGCGAGUCUCGAGAAAGUCUUGGAGAAAAUGAUCAAGCAAGGGAUUAGGACCAUUACCUUCAUCACGGACCCUGUGACCCACACCUCCUGUGUGCGCGAAUAUACCCGCAGGUGUGAAAUUCAAACCGAGUGGAUCUUCCUCGACCCUGGGCACGGUCGCAGCAACGCAGAAACUGUGGGGCAUUCUGUCACGAAGCUCAUGUGCGACAGCAUCAGCAGCAGUCCAGUGGGAGGGCUUCGCAGCGCCCGGGACAUGUUCGACCUCGUAAGUGUGCGCUCCAGCAGCGUGAUGCACCUGUAUGGCGAAGGGGACGUUCGGCGCCUCGGGGAACUUUUGGGUGCGGACGCGAACGUGCUUCAUGAAGACACGCAAGAGAAGUAGCUGCAGUCACUUCGGAUGGAAAUUGAAAAUACUCAGAUUUUUUAUUUCAUUAUUAUCUUCAUGUUUAGGAUAGUACUAACAGAACCAAAGAUAGUUAUAGAUAGCUAUAGAAUGGUAUACACACCCCGAGCGAUGAAAUGCUGGUAGGAAUUAGCCGGUGAUGACAUUCGCCCAACAGAUAACGCCACAGAAAUCACCACCCGGGGCGGCAGACGAGAAUGAAAGCUCACGCCGGGAAAAUGCGAUAGCGAAUCCAAAUUGAUGCGAUACACCCACUUCGAGUCAGGGACUCGGUAACUUAAACCCUGUUUUAAUAACUACAAAAUUUAAUUUGCUAAGAUUUUAUUAUAUAUAUGUAGCAUACAAAUAUCCAUUGUAUUGAUUGAUACCCAUCCUGUCCUUGAGAUAUCACGGACAGUACAGUGUGUUUACAGGAAAAUAUAACAUCCGGUUUCCAUUGUAAGUAAACGCACUCCCCCCCCCCCCCUCUCUCUCUCUCUCUCUCUCUCUCUCUUUUUCUCUCUCUCUCUCUC